AUGAACGGAUCCUGCUCCGUUUCAGCUGACGUACUCAAGGAAGAGGUCCGAACCAACGAGGUCUUCAACUCCGUGCCGGAGACAACGUCGUCGCAGAGCCCUGCACUCCUGCGCAGCCCUCGACCUUCUUGCCGCCUAAGUGUCAGUCAGGUGUCUUACGCUGUCAGUGAGCGCGUAGGACCCUGGUGGGACAUUCCUUCUCACAGAAAGAGAUGGACACGGCAGAUCCUCAGAAAUGUGUCCUUUCACGUGGACAGCGGCCAGAUCAUGGGGAUUCUGGGAAAUUCUGGAUCUGGCAAGACCACUCUCCUGGAUGCAAUUUCAGGCCGCAUUGGCAGCAAAGGUGACUUCGGAGGAGAGGUGUUCGUGAACGGGAGGAAGCUGAAGAGAAAGCAGCUCCCGGACUGCUUCUCCUACGUGCUGCAGAGUGACAACCUCCUGAGCUACCUCACGGUGGAGGAGACUCUGACCUUCACGGCUCAGCUCGCCCUGAGACGACACUCUGCCGACGCCAUUCGCAAGAAGGUUGGGGCAGUGAUGGCAGAGCUCAGUCUGACUCAUGUGGCCCACAACGUCAUCGGGGGCCGCAUCUUUCCAGGAAUCUCUGGGGGUGAGAGGAGGAGGGUGUCCAUCGCCAGUCAGCUUCUUCAGGACCCCAAGAUCAUUCUGCUGGAUGAACCAACCACAGGCCUGGACAGCAUGACGGCCAGUCAGAUAGUGGUCUUGCUGGCUGAGAUGGCCAAGAGAGACCGCAUAGUCAUAGUGACCAUCCACCAGCCACGGUCUGAGCUCUUCAAGGUGUUCAGUAGGAUAGCCAUCAUGAGCCUCGGGGAGCUGGUGUUCUGCGGCGAGCCGGGGGAGAUGGUGAACUUCUUCAGCGGCUGUGGUUAUGAGUGCCCCGAGUACUGCAACCCGUUUGAUUUCUAUGUGGACCUGACAUCGGUGGACACGCGGUGCAAUGAAAGGGAGGCCAUCACCUGCAACCGCAUGCAUGGCAUCUUAUCAACCUACCAACGUUCCGGCAUCUACCAGAGCAUGAUGGAUCGGAUCCAACAGAGCUGCCAGCUUGCAGACAAGCCCAACAUUCCCUUCAAGAGCAAAGAGUCGCCCGGCAACCUGGAAAAGCUCAGAGUCCUCUUCAGAAGGACGAUGAAGAACCUCUCCAGGGACCGAAUGGGUGUCCUCAUGCGUCUGUCCCAGAACCUCAUCUAUGGCUUCUUCGUGGCCUUCUUUGUCAUGAAACUGGACAACAACGUCAUCAAAGGUGCCAUUCAGGACCGCAUUGGCAUCAUCUAUCAGUCCAUGGGUGCUUCGCCCUAUACAGGCAUGCUGAACGCUGUGGCCUUGUUUCCUCCUCUGAGGGCUAUCAGUGACCAGGAGAGCAAGGAUGGGCUCUACCACAAGUGGCAGAUGUUCCUGGCCUACAUCUUUCACAUCCUGCCCUUCAGUAUUAUCAGCGUAUUCAUCUUCUCCUCCUUCCUCUACUGGACUGUGGGCAUGUACCCGGAUGUCCUGCGGUUCCUCUGCUUCUCUGCGGUGGUCCUCGUACCCCAUAUAAUUGGGGAGCUCCUCACCCUGGUGCUGCUGGGGGUAGUGCAGAACCCCAACAUGGUCAACAGCGGUGUGGCCCUGCUUAACGUGGCAGGUAUCCUGGUGGGCUCUGGCUUUCUCAGGAGCACCCAGCAAAUGCCCCUAGUCUUCCAGUGGCUCAGCUACCUCACGUUCCAGAAAUAUGGCUGCGAGCUCCUCAUUGUCACAGAGUUCUACGGCCACAACUUCACCUGUGAUCUCUCAGACACCUUGCCCGGGAACACCAACCUAUGCACGAUAUUCGAUGGGAACGCCGUCAUUGAGCAGGGCUACCCGGGUGCCUUGUCCCGCUACAUGCUGGAUUUCCUCAUGCUUUAUGCCUUCCUGCCUGCCCUGGUGGUGCUGGGUAUCAUCAGUUUCAAGAUUCGUGACCGCCUCAUUUGCCGUUGAUGACAAUGUUGUUGGGCGA